AUGGUGGUCACCGCUGAAAAUCUUCACGAUGACAAGGGACCUAAGAUUCUGGCUGUGCUAUGGACUUUGACUGGACUAACAACGAUCAUGGUCAUAGCUCGGGUUUACAUUCGGUUGAAGUUGCUACGGAAUUUUGGUAUGGAUGAUUAUUUGAUUGUGGUUUCUAUGAUACUAGGGGUUGCAUACUGUGGAGUCUCUACAGCAGGGGUGAAGGUGGGCUAUGGAAGACAUGCCAUGUACUUGAGUAUGGACAAUCUGGAGAUGGCCAUUCUACUCAAUACAGUCAGCUUCUUGUUUGGCAUUCUCUCUUUCACUCUUCCCAAGAUUGCUGUGACCUCCAUGUUGACCCGGAUCUUGAAUCCCAAGCCAUUACACAAGACUAUACUAUGGAUGAUGGUGGGAACGGCAGCCGUCGUGUCCAUUAUCUGCAUUGUGAUCUUGUUUACAAUGUGCGAUCCGGCAGAGGCAUUGUGGAAGCCUAGACUUGUGGCAGCAGGCGCCAAGUGCAAGAGCACAACGAUGCUUAUUGACUAUGCUAUUUUCACUGGAGCUGUCUCCGCUGUUGUUGAUCUAUCUCUGGCCAUUUAUCCGACCACAAUCUUGUUGAAACUACAAAUGUCUCUACGAAAGAGAAUUGCGUUGUGUUCUGCUUUAGGGCUUGGUUCAAUUGCCUCUGCGAUGGCGAUUAUCAAGUGUACCCAGCUGCAUGGACUCGCCGACAAAUCUGACUAUACAUACGGCACUGCCGACCUUGUCAUGUGGACCAAUAUCGAGGCCAACGUCGUCGUGAUAGCAUCCUGUAUUCCCACCUUACAACCCCUCCUCGAAAUCAUUCUCGGAAAACGAGCCCUGGGCUCCUACAGCCAAGGAAAAAGUGAUCAGUACAAAAACAGCAGCAAUUUCCCGUCCACAUUCCAUCGCUCCAAGCAGUCAAAAACGCACGACGAUCUUGGAUUUACCAACAUCGACAACCAAGAGAGUCAAGAAAACAUCCUUCCCACUGAUGACCACGGGAAGAAUAGCCAUCCUCUAGGACAUAUCCAUCGAAAGGAUGAUGUGACUGUGGAAUACGAAUCAUCUACAGCAAAAUCAGGGCCGGGAUAUACUUCUUGGUAA